CUUCCUCUGUCUGUGCUUCUUCCUCCUUCUUCCUCGGCAUCGGCGUUUUCGUCUUCAAUGGAAGUGGAAUCGAAGCAUUAAAGUGCAUUCUGUUGUAGCCGCACGGGCAACAUCGGACCAUGUCGCUUUGAUUGCUCAAUUUCCAUGUUUCAUCUCUGAAUCAGGGUUUAGUUCCGUUACAUAUGCUUAGUUAUGGUGAUUGCGAAGCAUUUCCGAUUUUACCUGAAAUAACUGCGCCCGGUGAAUCUGUUAAUUUGAUUACGAGCUCACUUUAGCUGGAGAUCGGACGAUGUACUGUUGGAUUAUCGGAGAUCAUUGUUAGCUCCGACGUACACUCUUUUUCUGCUUUAUAUGAUUUGUUCAGUGCUGGCAGACAUGUAUGAUAACUUUGAAUUUAAGGCGAAGUAUAUUCAGAAACAUGAAAUGUUCUGUGGGAACCAUUGAUCCUCUGGUUCUUGUUGUUCUGCCGUGAAUGUAUGUGUUUGGUGAUUGUGUAAUAGUAUUGUGGACUGGGAAGACUAAUGUCCAUCAAAAUUUGGCUGAUUGCCAUUAACCCAAUAAGGUGGCAAUGACCUUUCAUCUUCCAAAUUUUGAAUUUUAGCAGUUUUUCUCUAUACGUUUUAAUAGAUCGGUUUGUUAUAGCAGAAUUUGAGUUUUACAAUUUUAAUGGGGAGGUACACACAUUGGUCCUGAGGUCCAAAUUCUGGAAUUGGAUGAUAAGUUCUCAGAGGAUCAAUGCUUUAUUGGAUCAGCUCCAAAAAGCCUAUAAAUGGGUGCUCCUAAACAGAAGUGGACAGCAGAAGAAGAGGCAGCUCUGAAAGCUGGGGUUCUUAAACACGGAGCUGGCAAAUGGCGGACAAUACUUACAGACCCUGAGUUUAGUGAUGUCUUGCACAUGCGAUCAAAUGUGGAUCUCAAGGAUAAAUGGAGAAAUAUUAAUGUAACUGCUAUCUGGGGUUCAAGGCAGAAGGCCAGACUUGCUGCUCUAAAAAGGAAUCAACUGACACCUAAGCAUGAUGCAAACCCUUUGGCUAUCAGCACAGUGGUUAAGAGUGAUGAAGAAAUUGUAGAUGCUAAGCCUCUUGCAGUAUCUGGUGGAGCGUUGGAGUCUGUGGGCUCAAAAGAACGUGUAAAAAGGCUGGAUAUUCUUAUUCUAGAGGCCAUUUCCAACUUGAAGGAGCCAGCUGGUUCUGACCGUGCUGCAAUUGCUGCAUACAUAGAGGAUCAGUAUUGGGCACCACCUAACCUCAAAAAGCUCUUGUCUGCAAAACUGAAACAUCUGAUAGCAAAUGGAAAACUGAUCAAGGUAAAGCACCGAUACAGGAUUCCACCAAAUUCAAAGUACUCAGAAGGAAGAAAAGGCGCUUCAAGGCCACUCUUGGAAGGAAGCAAGAGGUCUUCUCCAAGAGCAGAAAGGAGAGAGGUCAAAAUCUUUACGAAAUCACAGAUCGAUGAAGAGCUAUCAAGGAUGAGGACCAUGACAGCUCAAGAGGCAGCUGCAGCUGCUGCAAAAGCAGUUGCUGAGGCAGAAGCUGCAAUUGCAGAGGCUGAAGAAGCGGCCAGAGAGGCAGAGGCUGCAGAAGCCGAAGCAGAAGCAGCACAAGUUUUCGCCCAAGCAGCAAUGAGUGCGCUGAAAUGUAGAACACUUGAUCAAUGAAUCACCUGUACAGCGCUGGCAUCAGAAUGACCGGUCAUCAAAUCAUGGACGAGACUCGAAAUCAAGAGUAAAGUAAGCUCUUCAGCGACUCUGCUGUAGUGUAAAUAUGUUUGGACUUGUAAAUCUGGAAAAAAGAAGUGAGAGAUGAUCAAUGCAAUUUUUGCACUCAAUGGGGAAACAGUCUAUAGUUUCUACGAUAUCUGAUGUGAAAAGAAUAGACCGACAAAGCAGUAGCGAAUAGUGAAAUUGAGAUGCCGAACUGUGAGAGACAUUCUAGUUCGGGUUUUAUCGGCCUCGUGUCCUUGGAAACAUAGAAACUGAAUUGGCAAAUUUGUUUUAUAUGUGUGGAAUGUGGAUAUCAAGAUGUAAUCUUUUCCUGCACAUUUUUGUCAGUAAGCUUUGGUUCGCAUA